CGGUUGUUUCCCUUUGAAUACAAACAAACAGACAGGAAGAAAAAUGUCUACAAAACAGAAACGAGUUGGAAUACUGGUCGAGUUUAAUUAUGAAGAUUUAGAGUUAUGGUACCCCUACUACAGAUUGAAAGAAGAGGGACAUGAAACAUUUACAAUUGGGCCAGAAAAAGGAAAGACUUACAACUCUAAACAUGGUUACCCUUGUAAGGCAGAGCAGGGCAUUGAUGAUGUUAAGCAUGAGGACCUUGACGCACUCAUUAUUCCAGGAGGAUUCGCUCCUGAUUACUGGAGGAGGGACAAACGUUUUCUUGAUUUAGUGCGCAAUGUUUAUGAGUCGGGUAAGCCUACUGCAGCAAUCUGUCAUGGGGCAUGGAUGUUUGUAUCUGCUAAGAUAAUCAAAGGAAAGAAAGCCACAUGUUUUAUAGCUUGUAAGGAUGACGUAGAAAAUGCUGGAGCAUUAUAUGAAGAUUCACCAGUGGUGGUUGAUGGCAACAUGAUUACAUCACGUGUUCCUCAAGACCUACCGCAAUUUACCACUGCUAUCAUAGCUCAGUUAAAAUAAACAAUGACGGUGAAUACCAUCAGAUAGUAGUGAACAAACAAUGAUAUAUUCUGGUUGAGUCGUCUAUGCAUUAACUCGGUUAUUAUAUCGCACGAAAUAUGAACUUGUAAUUCCAGUUUGAAUGCAACAAAUGAAAAUGAUGUCAAUUUCAGAAUAAAUUAAAAAAAAAAUUUAA